AUGGUUGGUUCAGCUGUUCACUUCGGUGGUGGCAACAUCGGUCGAGGCUUCAUUGCCGAGCUUCUGCACGAGACUGGCUAUGAGGUGAUCUUCGUCGAUGUCGUUGACAAGCUCAUCGACGACAUCAACAAGACAAAGUCUUACACAAUCACUGAGGUUGGCGCGGAUGGCAAGAAGACCAAGACAAUUACAAACUACCGAGCCAUCAACUCCAAGCACAACAUGCAAGAGACGAUCGACGCUAUCGCCAACGCUGACAUUGUAACUUGUGCUGUUGGUCCCAACGUCCUGAAGUUCAUCGCCAAGCCAAUUGCAGAUGGCAUUGCCAAGCGAACCAAAUCGAAGCCACUUGCAGUCAUUGCUUGUGAAAACAUGAUCAAUGCCACGGAUAGACUCCGUGAUUUCAUUGUCGACCCAAAGAACAUGUCGGAAGACAUCAAGAACGAUCUGCCCAAGCGAGCCGAGUUUGGUAACUCUGCCAUUGACAGAAUCGUUCCAACACAACCAGCCGAUGCCGGUCUCGACGUCGUUAUUGAAACCUUUUACGAGUGGUGUGUUGAGAACACCGGCUUCAAGAGCGGAACUCCUGAGGUCAAGGGCAUUCACUGGGUUGACAACCUCGAGCCUUACAUUGAGCGAAAGCUCUUUACUGUCAACACAUCGCAUGCCACAGCUGCUUACUUCGGUUACUACAAAGGCAUCAAGACCAUCCACGAAGCUAUGGCCGAUGAAGAGAUCAAGAAGGAGGUCCACGAUGCUCUCGAGGAGACUGCACACCUUGUUACCAAGAAACACGGCAUUGACAAGAAGGAGCAAGAGCAAUACGUUAACACAAUCAUCACCAGAAUCUCCAACCCAUCUCUCGAGGAUGUUCCAGUCCGAGUUGGUCGAGCUCCAAUCCGAAAGGUCGGCCGAAAGGAACGUUUCAUUGGUCCUGCCGCUCAGCUUGCCGAGCAAGGAUACGAUGUCAAGGCUCUGCUCAAGGGUUUGACCAUGGCCCUCCGCUUCCAGAACGUCGAGGGUGACGAGGAGAGCGCGCAGCUAGCCAAGGUGCUCUCCGAGCAAUCUGCGGAGGAAGCCACCACCACUCUGUGCGGUCUUGAGAAGGACCACCCUCUCUUCCCCAAGGUGGUGGAGUGCGUCAAGCUUGUCCAGUCCGAGAAGAAAUGA